AUGGAGCCGCAAUCAUCUAAUAAUACUUUACUAACUCCAAGUUCACCCCGGCCUCUCUUCACAGAAACAGCUUCGGCGCACGAUUCGGCGCUAGAAUUAUCGCUUUCGGAGUCACACUCGGAUGAACCAGGUUCUCCGCCAAGUACUCAAAGUCUGGAGAACAACGAUGAACAAGAAGAAGUAGAAUUAUUUGACGAUCAUGAUUCUGCGUUUGGUGGGUCCUUGAUAGGUUGUGAUACCGAUACAUUGGCUAGUUACAUUACGGACUAUCGCUACGAAAAUGGGAGGCGUUAUCAUUCCUAUCAAGAUGGAGAGUACUGGGGCCCGAACGACGAAUCUUCGAGUGAUUCACAAGAUCUUGCGCACCAUAUGUAUUUGAUGACGUUAGAUGGUAAACUUCAUUUGGCUCCUCUUAAGAAUCCACAGAAUAUAUUGGAUGUUGGAACUGGAACCGGAAUAUGGGCAAUAGAAAUGGCCGAAGCAUAUCCCUCUGCGCAUGUAAUUGGCACAGAUCUUUCACCGAUCCAACCUGUUUUCGUCCCACCCAACUGCGACUUCGAGAUUGAAGAUUUAAAUCUCGAAUGGACCUAUCCUGGCAGCUAUUUCGACUUUAUCCAUAUCCGAGAAUUGUUUGGCUGUGUAAUCGAUUGGGACAUCUUCUUCUCAGAAACACUUUCAUGUCUGAAACCGGGUGGUUAUAUCGAAGUCUUGGAGCAUAGCGUGUGUCCAGUAUCCGAUGAUGACACGGUGAACGAGAAGAGCUUUUUUACCAGAUGGGGUAAGACGGUAACGGGUCUGGGCAAAAAGUUCGGGAAGAGUUUCACGAUUUGGGAGGAGAGUAAGGCUAGAAUGGAAGCCGCGGGGUUUGAGGAUGUGGUGGAGGUGAGGUAUAAGUGGCCUAUGAAUCCGUGGCCUAGCCCUGAGCAUAGAACCCAUGGUAGUGAUGGAGAUAAGAGGUGGGAGGUUUUGAAGGAGCUGGGGCGUUGGAAUCAGUAUAGGCUUCAUGAAGGGAUAGAAGGAUUCAUGAUUAGAUUGCUGACGUCGGUUGGCGGUUGGUCUUUUGAAUCUGCCCAACUGUUCCUUGCUGAGAUGAGGAAAGCGCUAAAGGACGAGAAUAUCCAUGCAUAUCUCGACGUUACCGUUGUGUGUGGUCGUAGACCAGGAGGUGAAUCGCAAUCACCCAAUACCACUGUUUUUAUACCGUAG